AUGGGAAGGGCACUCUCUGGGGAUGAGCAUCCAGUGCUGAACAGCGUCCGGCCGCCCGUCAGGAAGUUCUGCAUGUAUUCAGAGAGGAAUUCUGGCAGCAACUGGGUGUCCAGCCUUAUAGAGGCUAAUUUCCACUUGGAGUAUGACCCGUCAGAAUGCCCCCACAAGCAUGAUUUGGGCAUGAGCGUUCCCAAUGAAUUCUCCUUCCUUCCUGCAAAUGUCCUCGUGGUGGCAGUGUUCAGGAACGCAUUUGAUUGGGCUGCAUCAAUGCACCGGCAUCCGUGGCAUGCUGCCAAUCACUGUAACACAUCAUCAUUUGGAGAGUUUCUUCUCCGGGGUUGGUCCCCCGGCAAGCUGGCAGGGCGGCCUAAUCUGCUGCAUGCAAAGCCAUUCUGCCCGAAGUAUGACACAAAUCACAGCAGGAUGCCCAUGAUCUAUGAAAACAUCGGCGGCCUCUAUGCAGCCAACAUUCUGGAGCUGCGCUCCUGGAAGGCUUCCAGGGCACUGGAAAUCUGCCAGACUCGCAAGCAGAGCGUCUGCGUGAGGCACGAGGACCUGAUAGAGAACACCAACAGCUGGCUCACUGACUUCCAGGAGCAAUUCAAGCUGGAGACCAAGCCGGGCUUUCCCAUAGAGGUGGUGAGUUACAAGGGGGUGAAGGGGCGGGAGAAGUUCAUCCCGCACUCAGAGUACAACACGAUGCGCUUCGGCGAUGCGCACUCGGCCUACUACAAUGAUGACACGAUGAGGAUUAUGCGCAUGCAUCUGGACAUGCCCCUGGAGACCUCCCUCGGCUACUUCUACACAGACAUCUUCAGGAGGUGGCUGCCGGAAGAUCCCGAGUUUGCGCACUUCAAGCUCCCAGAGGCUUUCCGGUCUGGCGGAUCCUCGGCUGUCGUCGGUGAGAUGGAAGAGGGGGACCCGCCACCAGACCUGCUGGCUGCAGCAACACAUGAGGCCGUCGGCGGCGGCCGGAAGAUGAUGGAGCCGCUCGCGCAGCUGCCGGGCAGCUGA